CACGGGCAAAAACAUUGCCCUUGGCACUACUAGCAGUACUACGCAGUAGGACCACGGGCAAUGAAUCGUUAAUGAUUCUACUGUGUGGACUUAAAAUAGUGUAAUAACUUACAAAUAUCAAUAAUAAAUUACAAAUAUUAAUUAAAAGUCUGGCUUGGCAGAGUGGAUAAACAUAAGUAGGCACCUAAUAUCCGUUAAUGAUAAAAUCCAAUUAUGGACAAAAAUGCCCAUGAUAAAAAUGCGAAAUUAAAUACAGUAAUAAACACUUUUUAUUUUCUAUGUUUAUAAUAAUACUGAAACACACAACAGUCACCAAACAUGUGAAAACCAUUUUCAAACAUGAUAAAAAAUAGGUACCUUACCUACCUACUUAAAACGCGGUCCAUAAAAAAUGCCCGCUAUUAUGUCAAUGGUGCAGUCUUAUUUUUUCUUGGUUAGUCUUUUAAGCCACUUCAAAGUUUUUGACUUGUCUUUAAAACGUUUCCCUCUUUUAAAGACGAGUCUAAAGCUUCUAACAUAAAAAUGAAUUCCUAUUUCAUCCUAGACUCACUGGCAUACAGAUUUAAGUAAAUACAUACAUAACAGUCUUAUUACGAUACGUAAUGGCGAAUGAAAAUGGCCGCCAGUUGUCAAAAUUUAACUGACCGUAAAUUUUAUUUAUGAAUAAUAAAAGGACCUCAAAUUAAAUAAAAAACAAUUUAUGUUUUCUUAUUUUUAGUACCUACUUAGUUUAAAAAUGUUCAUUGAUUGAUGCACUGUCCAUUAUCGGUGGCAUUAGGUACCUACCUUAAUUAGCAAACGAUCAUAAAAUGAAAUUACUGUGAAGUGAGGAUAAUGUUAAUUGAAUCCACACUCAUAAAUUAUUGUUCUGUGUGUAAUGUUUAUUGAUACCUGUGUAGUUAUUUCAUAAUCAAGAUGAUUCUUGGUAGCCACAAAAUAUUAUUAAAUGAAAUCGGCGACAUUGUAGUUUAUUUGGGCAGAACGAUCCAACACAACUACAACUAUGCGGUAGCAUUAAUAACAAUAUUUGCAAUAAUUACUGGAUACUUUCACUAUCGCAAAAAUAGCUUCGCUGUCUUUAUUAAACAAACGUUAGCGACUUUGGUAAUUUUGUACUGCUCUUAUUUGGUCUCAGCCCCGGUAUGGAAUAAUAUGAGAAGACCACCGUUUUAUCAAAUGACUGUUAACGGUCGGAACUAUAUCUAUAAUAGAUCAAGGGCACAAUAUGUAGCGGAGAGUUACGUAGUCGCUAUUGCGAAUGCAGCAGUAACGGUAGGCAUGAUCCUAGUGAUUGAGGGAGGAGGUGGAGUAAGAGUUAUAGAACCACCCACACAACCACCUCAAGCGGGAAAGAAAUGGCUGCGAAGAUUACAAUCUUGUAUUGGACUUUUACUUAUAUGCGUUUUCUUCUCGUUGCUCUUGUCUAUGCUGAAGUUUAAGAGAAAUCAUUAUCCUUACAAUUUUUUGUUCGAAUAAGUGAAAACUAAAUGAAAAAGAUUACACAUUAAUGGAAUGCUGCAUUGCAAUAUAAUUGAUUUAUUGACACUUAAGAUUGAAAUCCAACUCAAUGCCGCUUACUAUGAGUUAAGUCCAAAGUGUCAAGCUUGAUGUGCUCUUAACUGUACAUAUUUAAUAAAUAUGUUUUACAAAAUAUAAAAUUCUUUAAAUUUAUAACAAUAAAUGCGUCGAACAUUUUGCUUACAAUAAAUAAACAUGUGUUAAAACUUCCGACUAAUCAACAGCCAAAGCCUCAUUAUUG